UAGGUUUCACUCUUUUGGUGACAACUGCAAAACUGCUCUUAUGUCGGUGAACUAAUUGCGACAAGCAGUUUAUUUUCGUGCUUGAUCUGUUCUGUUAGCCAACACAUACAAUCAUUAUUUUGCUCUUUUAGACUAAACAAUAUGUGAACUAAAGAAUCUCUAACAUGACAUGGCAACUAUUCAUAUUGGAAAGUUGAUUGGCUGUUAGACUGCCAAGAAGAUUAGCUGGAAAAGUAGAUUAGCAUCACUUAUGGAGGUCCCCUUGGCCUUUGCCAUGUUGUCAUUUGGAUAAUUGCAUCUCCGAACUUCGAUAUUCAGUGUUAUAAGUGCUUAAUUGACAUGUCUGAUAAUUAAUAAUCCUAGGUCAGUGAUGCCAGCAUUCAGUCUUCGGUACAUGUUUAGACUCUUUUACUUUUUAAGGUAAAUGAAUGACAUCCAUGUUCAAUCGUACAAACAUUGUAGUAAUAUGGCCAGUUCUAAGUGAAUCUUUCUAGCAUUGAUAGUAGUUAUUUGGUGCAGUUUGUAUGUGAAUACAGGACUACAAAUAUUAAGUACCACACAUAUUUUGUGUGCGCACGGUUUUGUUUCAGUUGCAAGAUGCAUUUUGAAUUUGUAAAAAAUUGGCUCAAACAAUCUCACUUGAAAAGUUUGGAGAUGUAAUGAGAUGUUCUGGGUACACAAAAAGAAAAGUUAAAUUUAGUGUUAAGAGUGUGAUUACUUGUGUUGUACAAUAGACAUGUCAAUCAUCCUAUGCUCUUAAAUCUUAAUCCAUGCUUUUUUAGUCCAUACACCUUUAUAUUAUUUAAAUAUUUUGACGAUCAUGUUAUCUUUUGUAGGUUUUAGAAAUAUAGCUCCCUCAAGGAACAAUAAUUCUUAUAGACUUUGACACAGUAGGGCAUAUUUCGGUCUUCAGCUUCACAUAUGAACAUUAGGUUACAAGAAACUCAAUUGUCAGCAAAUAAAAUAUCCAAACUAUUGUCAACAAGACAGAGAUGAUAUUUUCAAUUAUUAUGGAAUUUUUUGCAAUUUGAAAUCUUGGCCGGUAAGUGUUCCCUUACAACAGUCACUGUGUAACCUUUAUUGUCAAAUUGAUAUUGCAACUGUAUAUGUUCUUAUCCUCUCCUUGUUCAUAUUUGUCGGACAUCGUUUAAAAUGUUUGUCAUGGUAUAAUAACAAAAAAUAAAAGUGAUUCAGUCAUAAAUAUUAUGACUGAAAGCAAUGCACUUAUUUGCAGCCUAGUAAAAGAGUGGAGCUAUAACAAGUAAGGGGAAAUAGAAAAAUGGAAGUUCAUAUGGGACACGUGAUAGAGAUGAUUGGAAUCCAGAAUAAACAGAAUUUAGAGGAUGCUAUAUUUUGGAUGUAAUCUUAAUAUUAUCAUAUAUUAACAUGGAUUCACUCUGGAGGAGAAAUUAAGACAUCUCAUUGGCACAUUCAUGUGUAUAGGCAGGAAAUUGAACUAAAAUCAUGCCCAUACAUGUGGAUAGGCAGGGUUUUUGCCCAUCCAAAUCGUGGCCUUAUGGAACUGAACAGUCCUGUAAAAUGUCAUAUGCAAAUCUUGACCUUGUGGAACUGGAUGUCCUGUAAAUUUUUAGAUGUUACAUUUCCAAGAAGAAUAUGUUCUGUAGACAAAAAUUGUUUUUCUAAUAACUAGCAUUAUGCCUGUGUGUUGCAACAGGAGGACCAUUAUGAAAUUUUCUGAGAUAUUUAGAAAUUAUUUUGAUGUAUUUCUUAUAGACAUUUAAUGUGUAUGGAUUUUUAGAAACAAAAACUAUUUUGAAUGAAAGUCUAUAAGAUCUUUUAGGCUGAAUCUGGAUGUUCCCAUCCAUCCCUCAAACCCACCUGACGCCCUCUUCCCCAGGGACCUAGCCCACCUUAUUUUCCACCAGAAUAAGUUCACUCAGGUCCCUCAAUUUGUCAUUGAGUCUGAAAUUCAUCCCUGAACCGAAAUACAGAUACUAUGUGUCCCUCAACUCCCAAAACCAUUUCAAAUAGGGUUAAAAUGAGGGGCUCUGGUGUGUGUGCGGCCAGCAGGGGUGAGGGGCCGGUUGGGAAUUGAGCAGCAAAAAGUAGCUGCCCCAAUGUUAAUGCUGCAGUGCAAGGUGUACCUUCCCCACCUCUUUUCUCUGUAGCAACCUUCAUUUGCUGAGAGCCAGGCACAUUAAGCAGCACACAUCCUGAAGCGCAUCCAACGGUGCAGAUUAUGGGUGCAGAUGCUCCAGAGUUCCAAACGGCAUUUUCAUAUAUUCUGAGGAUCUACCCAACCAGCAGGGCGCCAUCAAAACCUGGUCUUCCACUACUAUGGAAAGGAAUCAACCGAGACCGAGCAAGGUGCCGAGCUUAUCCUCCACGCCAUCAUGAAUGUGUAUCGGUUAGUCGUGAGGCAACUCAUGCAACUUCCAGGAGGUGAAGGUGGAUCAAGUAUUAUCAAGAAUAAGGACUAUCCUGAGCAGAUAAGUCAUCACCCCUCCCUUAAGCAUGUUGAUCCCAAUUGCGAACUUACUUUGUUUACAAAUAAAAAUGUAUGCAAUGAUGAAUAUCCUACUUGCUAUUGUGACAUGCAUUUGACUAUUGUUUACCUUAUUCCUUUGUACCCAUAAUUACGUAUGAGUCCCUAGUCACUUAUGACAAAUGCUUAGUAAUGCUAAUUUAGAUUCAUGCAUUCUCAUAUUUAUUAAAUGCUAUAUGCUUGGGCAAUUACCUUAGGGAAGGUCCAAUUGUUCGUCCGGGUGUUUCCAUUCUACAUCCGUCUAUCGACCCAAACAAGCCAAGCCCAACAUCCCAGCCACGACUAUUUCGUCCAACCACUCCAAAACUAAAUAAUAAUGUGAUGUAAGACCUACCAUAUAACCAAGUCAGUCCAGAACUCACCAUAAUUUUCAUGGGCAUUUCUUUUCUUCUCUUCAACGUCGUACAUAUGUGUGUGUGUUGAUAUCAAAAAUUGACAGCCGAUGAUUUUUAUUCGGUUAUUUUAUUUGGACGAGGUCUUGCCGAAUGUUUUUAUUCUUCUACUUAAUUGAAUUCGGUUGUUCAAUGGUUAAUCAGGUUAUUAUCAGAGAAUAUAUGGGCAAGUGCUUCUCCUGAAUGUGAUGCAUGCAUGUAUGGUUUAAUUCCAGUUUUACUUUGCCUCCUGGCUCCUGGCGUAGCAGCAGUACAUUUUCUAUGGAAGAUAAAGCUUGAGAACAAAAUUAAUAUGCUGUGAUGCUGGAUGGAAGAUCACAUGAUCAAGUUGGCAGCAUAGAGGUGACGUACAGAGGCAAGGAAGUCGGAGGCGCUGUGCAUAUGCAACGUUUUCAUUUCUAUGUUAAUUUUCAUUGUUUUGGUUAAUACCAUGUGAUCUCUAAUCUAAUUAGUGUGGGACCAAGCCAAAGACCAGGCACCCUAUAUAUGGGUCUAGGCCGAUUGGAAACAGACAAUACACAAUCAAUCGAUACAAAAUUCCUGUCAUAUUUCCUUUUACUCGUUUUGCUUUCCUUUGUGUUGUUUUGUUCGAUCCCCAAUACGGCCGCCGGUGUCUACCGUCGUCGCAGUCCCUCCGGCCUGCUGGUGGCGACGCCGCCGCGGCAGAGCAGCCGCUGCUGCGUGCACGUCGGCUGGUAGCAGCAGCAGGAGACGUGUUGCUCCUGGCUUGCUGUGCGAUAGGCUUGUUGUGCAUCUGUGCCACAGCAAGGAAGCCAUCUCCUACAUUCCGUUACACGCACACACAAUCGUACCAGGUGAAACUUCAGUGUUGCUUUUUCAGGACAGAUCAAGUGUUGCAUUCCUAGGGCAAAUCUUGGUGGCAACACAUUUUGGCGACUCCGCGACUCCGCUGGGGAAUCGAUCGAAAGAAAGAAACAAGAACUGGAGCGGCUGACAUUAUUGUGCUUUCAGAAGACGAGGCAAGGUAUCGUCCAGAAGGAGGCUACACUGCCAUCCGUCUAUGUCGAACCUAAGGUUCAAUCGGCCAUCAAUGAAGGACGAUUGAGGUUUGCUGAGAGCCCAAAAAUGCAACUAGACAGUAAUCCCUUUCCUGUCAAUGUGAUUGAUUUUGAGAAUAGCAAGGUACUUGUUCGGCCAUCUCAGGCCGAAUCCACUAAAAAUAAAGCUGUGAUAGUUAGUGAUGGUGGUAUGCAUACAGUGAAGACUCCUAGUUCUGGGUCUGGUCAGAGUAGUUUGCCAAGGAUGAUUAAACCUAGAAGCCCAGAAAUUGGUCGGUGGAAGGUUAAUGAGAGUAGGAACAAAGCUACAAAAAGGGUUGAAAAGCCGAAGCCCACAUUCAAAGACCUUUCGGCAAAAUAUGAGGGAAGAGCCGGCAAAGGAGUUGCUAGCCGGCCAAAUAAUUUUAAAAGACCAAGAUCACCUCCAAUGCAAGGGUUUGAGGGUCCGGAUCGUCGAUGGGAGGAUUUCCAUGCAUCACCGCCAUAUCCUCCUUUUGGGCCACCGAUGCCGUUACCAUGGGGUCCUCCUCCUGUUGGUUUUCCUCCUUGUCCACCAUGGGGUUGGUGUGGUCCAUGGGUGCCUCCUGCUCCAAUGACUUAUGAGCCAUUCCAUCCGAUGCCCUAUCAACCGUUCCACCCAGUGCCAUAUGGACCAUUCCAUCCAGUGCCAUUUGAACCAUUCCAUCCAGGUUGGGAAGCACCAAGGAGGCCGGUGUUUGAUAGGCUGUCAUGGCCUAGGGAUGACCGAUCUAAUCAAAGGAAUCGGUCUUAUGAUGAGAAAAAUGGUGGAUUGGUGAAUAAGGUGCAUCGUGUGAAAGAAGGUGGCGAUUCAGGAGGAAAUUCGAGUGCAGUUUUGGCAGCAAAAAAUGAUCAGUCGACGAGCGGCAAUUCACAUGUGAGUAACAAAGUGAUUAGUACUGCGGUUGCUACAGAACAGGCCCAGGUGAACAGUGCUCCGACUGCUACAGUACCAGCCCAGAUGAACAGAACCGCAAUCACAGCCGUGCCUGCCGAAAUGAACAGUUCUUCCGCUGCAGUGCCAGCAGCUGAUUGUGGUGGUGGUUCAUGUGGAGAAAAUGUGUCUAUGCAGCCCGGCAAAGGUAAACAGCUCCAAUGGUGCCCUCCAGAUAUUGGACACACUCGGAAGCGGAGGCUGCAAAGAUUACGCGCACAAGAGUUGAGACAGUCUAAGGCUGAGAAGAUGAGAGAAGAAAUUUUCAAUGAUAUCAAUCCUGAACCCAUGGUACGUGUUCGCAGGGAAUGGAGGGCGAAACAAGUUGCAGCUUCAGUUCAAGAAAACAGUGAUGAAGAGCAUGAUCUGUUAGAAUGUGGUUCCCCGGUAAUUAGAGAUGGCUCUCCGCUUCCAGAAAGAAUGGAUAUUAAUAUGGUUUUUACACUACCUUCUGAAUUUAGGGUCGUCGAUGAAGAGAUUGCACAAUUAUGUCUUGCUCCUAAAGAUGUUAUUUUUGAAAAGCCUGAUGAAUCGAGCCGCCAUAUGAAACCAUUGUAUAUCAAAGGGCAUAUUAAUGGGAGGCCUAUUUCUAGAAUGUUGGUUGAUGGUGGAGCUACAGUGAACUUAAUGCCAUAUUCAGUUUUUAAGAAAUUGGGCAGAGAGGACAGUGAGCUUCUAAAAGCUAAUUUGACACUUAAUGGAUUCACGGGAGAGCCAACAGAAGCUAAGGACAUUAUUUCCAUGGAGCUAACUAUUGGGAGCAAAACUCUCCCUACUGCCUUCUUCGUCGCCGAGGUGCAAGGUAAUUAUAAUGUUAUGUUGGGUCGUGAUUGGAUACAUGCAAACCAUUGUGUUCCUUCUACCUUGCAUCAAACUUUAAUACAGUGGGUAGGUGAUGAUGUAGAGGUUGUUCAUGCAGAUACUUCGGCUUGCGUUGCUUUAGCCGAUGCCUCAGUUGAUUGGCAGUAUGGUAAUAUUCAGUGUUUAACAGGCUUAGAUCUUUCUGAUUAUGAUUAUGUUAUUGUCACUAAGGAUGGUUUUGUACCCGUGUCUAUAAAGCCGGCUUCUGCAGCUCGGCUCAGUAGUGUGAUGUUAUAAAUGAAUAAAGAAAGCAAUUUAGAUUGGUUACAAAAACGUGCAGAGCAAUAUCGGUCAAAUAAGAACGAUAUUUGGGAGGCUAUUGAUGAUUUUGAUGAAGUAGAAAAAUUAGGACAAGGUUUUUCGUCGGCUGACCCUUUAGAGAAAGUUGAUAUAGGUGAUGGCACCAUUCCUAGACCGACAUUUAUAAAUCAAAACAUGACAGCCGAUUAUAAAGUUAAAGUAAUUGGUUUACUUAGAGAGUAUGUCGAUUGUUUUGCAUGGGAAUAUCAUGAAAUGCCUGGACUUAGCCGAGAGCUAGUAGAGCAUCGGCUACCCAUUAAAUCUGGGUUUAGGCUUUAUAAGCAACCACCUAGAAGAUUUAAUUCUAAUAUGUACGACUGGAUCAAAGAAGAAAUAGACCAAUUAUUAAAGGCGGGUUUUAUUAGGCCGUGUAGGUAUGCACAAUGGAUUUCCAAUAUUGUCCCUGUUGAAAAGAAAAAUACUGGGAAAUUGAGAGUGUGUAUUGAUUUUAGAGAUUUAAAUAAAGCCACCCCUAAAGAUGAGUAUCCUAUGCCCAUAGCUGACAUGCUAAUUAAUGAUGCAUCGGGACAUAGAGUGAUUAGCUUUUUAGAUGGUAAUGCUGGUUAUAAUCAAAUAUUUAUGGCCGAAGAAGAUAUGUCUAAAACGGCCUUUCGUUGUCCUAGUUUUGUCGGUUUAUUUGAGUGGGUCGUUAUGACAUUUGGUUUAAAAAAUGCCGGUGCCACUUACCAGAGAGCUAUGAAUUUAAUCUUUCAUGAUUUACUUGGUGUUAUAUUAGAGAUAUACAUUGAUGACAUAGUUGUUAAAUCGGAAUGUAUGGAUCACCAUUUAGCCGAUUUAUGUUUAGCGUUUGAGAGGAUGCGUCAGUAUGGUUUAAAAAUGAAUCCACUUAAAUGCGCCUUUGGUGUGUCGUCUAGCAAAUUUCUAGGAUUUAUAGUACAUGAGAGGGGCAUAGAGAUAGACCCUGCCAAGAUAGAGGCUAUUAGAAAAGUAACAGCGCCGCAGUGUAAGUUAGACAUGCAAAAAUUUUUAGGGAAGGUAAAUUAUUUGAGGAGGUUUAUAUCUAAUUUGUCCGGCAAAGUUAAUGCAUUUACACCCAUACUUCGGUUAAAAAAAGAGACCGAAUUUGUUUGGGGGGCAGAACAGCAGUAAGCAUUUGAUGAAAUUAAGAAGUAUUUGUCUACUUCUCCGGUGCUAAGAGCCCCUAAGGCCGGGAUACCAUUUCGGCUAUAUAUUGCUGCAGAAGAGGGUGUUAUUGGUGCUGUUUUGACACAAGAAGUUGAGGGAAAAGAAUAUAUUGUUACUUAUUUGAGUCGUCGACUUCUGGGAGCUGAAACGAGGUAUGUGUUCAUUGAAAAAUUAUGCUUGUCCUUAUAUUAUGCUUGCACCAAGCUAAGGCAUUAUUUACUAUCUAGUACUUGUGUUGUGGCUUGUCAGACCGAUGUCAUAAAAUAUAUGUUGCAAAAGCCGAUUCUAAGUGGUAGAAUCGGAAAAUGGGCUUAUGCUUUAGUAGAGUAUGAUUUGGCUUACGAAUCUUUAAAAUCCAUGAAAGGCCAGAUUGUUGUUGAUUUUAUUGUUGAUCAUAGGAUUAAUGAUGAUAUGAAGAGGGUUAGUUACUCGUCUGUAUGCCCAUGGAAACUUUACUUUGAUGGCUCAGCUUGUAGAGAGGAACAGGGUGUUGGUGUUGUUUUAAUUUCACCAAGAGGCAAUAUUUUUGAGACAUCGGUCCAUUUAGAAUAUUUUUGCACCAAUAAUCAAGCCGAGUACGAAGCUCUUUUGCGAGGAUUGCAAAUUUUAGAAUCCAUGGAUGUAAAGAAUAUAGAGGCGUAUGGUGAUUCGUUAUUAGUUGUGCAACAAGUUUCUAGGAAUUAUCAAUGCUUUGAUGGAUCACUGAAUAUGUAUUUGGAGAAAUGUUUGGAGAUCAUAGCAAAUUUAGAUGAUUUUGUUAUUAAACACAUUUCUAGGGAAGAGAAUGUUCUAGCUAAUAAUCUAGCGCAACAAGCAUCCGGUUAUCGAGUCAGUAGAGGUAAAUUGUUUAUGAUUGAAAGACCGAUGCUAGAGCAUGUUAAGAUUUAUGUGGUCGAGCCUGAUGAUUGGAGAAAACCUUUAACCAGUUACCUGAGAACCCUAGUCAGACUGUAGAAAGAAAACUUCGGCGUCAAGCACUAAAAUAUAUAUUACUUAAUGGAGAUUUGUAUCGCCGAUCUGUAGAUGGGUUGCUUUUAAAAUGUCUAAGUUUAGACCAAAGUAAGGUUGCUAUGGGUGAAGUACAUGAAGGUAUAUGUGGUACACAUCAGUCGGCUCAUAAAAUGAAAUGGUUAUUAAGGAGAGCUGGUUUUUAUUGGCCGACUAUGUUAGAAGAUUGCUUUAGAUAUUAUAAAGGGUGUGAGUCAUGUCAAAAAUUUGGUGAUAUCCAAUUAGCGUCUGCUGCUAUGUUACAUCCUAUUAUUAAACCAUGGCCGUUUCGUGGAUGGGCUUUAGAUUUCAUCGGCCGGAUAAAUCCUUGUUCUUCCAAAGGUCAUCGAUUUGUUUUAGUAGCUACAGAUUAUUUUACAAAGUGGACAGAGGCUGUUCCUCUAAAAAAUAUGACCCAUAAAGAAGUGAUUGAUUUUAUUUUAGAGCAUAUUAUUCAUAGAUUCGGCAUACCACAAACCUUGACAACUGAUCAAGGAUCAUCAUUUAUGUCACAUCAAGUUCGUGAAUUUACGGAAUCUUUUAAAAUUAAGUUGCUUUGUUCAUCACCAUACUAUGCUCAGGCCAAUGGACAGACCGAGUCAAGCAAUAAAACUUUAAUUAGGCUGAUAAAAAAGAAAAUAGAGGAACAUCCUAAAAGAUGGCACGAGGUUUUGUCUGAGGCACUGUGGGCUCAUCGUAUAUCUAAGCAUGGUGCAACAAAGGUAACACCAUUUGAAUUAGUAUAUGGGCAAGAGGCCAUUUUGCAUGUUGAGGUGAAUCUGGACGCCCUUAGAUUGGCCAGACAAAAUAAUUUGUCGGCAGUAGAUUAUCACAACUUAAUGAUGGACGGAAUAGAUGAGGUUAGUGAUGAAAGAUUGAAAGCUUUGAGAGAGAUUGAGAAAGAUAAAUUGAGAGUAGCUAAAGCUUACAAUAAAAAGGUGAAGGAAAAAUCGUUUCAAAUUGGAGAUUUAGUGUGGAAAACAAUUCUGCCUGUUGGUUCAAAAGAUAAUAAAUUUGGGAAAUGGUCUCCAAAUUGGGAAGGGCCAUAUAGAAUUGUAGAAAUAGUCCCCGGGAAUUCUUAUUUUGUGCAAAGUCUACGAGGAUAUAAGUUGCCUAGAGCUUUUAAUGGGAGAUAUUUAAAAAGGUACUAUCCAAGUGUUUGGCAAGAUGCUUAAAAAAUGAUAAUACU